UCCACCUCCGUUGGAAAUGACACCCGCCAAGAAAACACAGACCAACAUCUGCUGCAUGGUUUAUUGGAGCACCUCUCAAUGAUGAGCUUCCAAGCUCCUUCUCCAUUUAAUAAUUAGUCCUGUCUAAAGAGCGCUUCUGCUUAUCUCUUCCCGGGGUUCAGCCGUUGAAUCUGUUUGAAGAAAGACGACUUGACGAAAAGACACAAAGACCAUCUCGGAUCGUAAUCUAUCAUCACUUUCGCUUGUUGCCAGGAGCUUUGGUUUGGCACAAGAGAGAGUGAUUAGAUAUCAAAAAAAGCUUCGUCGUCCGUGCUGAGGACUUGUCACAACAACCGUUUCGGGCUAGACCAAGACGUCAACACUCUCCACUGUCUCUGAAGGAGAGACGGAGGGUUGCUCUUUGACCGAACACUCCAGCUUGCUGACAGGAAGAGAGACAGACAGUAUCACUUCGACAAUAAACACGUUCACCAUGGGCGACUACUUCUGGCAGCAUCAAUUGAAUGAAUGGAGGCACAGUCCUUGCCUCAUGAAACCUGUGACAUUGGGUAUGCUAAUCACCAUGGCCAUUUUCUGGAUUGUUACAAUGGCCUUACAAUUCCUGCUUGGCUGUGGGGUUUCUUAUGGCACCCAUUUUUUCACGGGGCACUGGUUGAUUGAGUUUCUUAUCCCUUACCAUUGCACGCUGGGGCCACAUUCUGAUUCUACGUUGGGGGAAACCAAGGUCCCAUUGGAAGACAAAGCGGCAAACUACCAUUCACGACUCUAG